GGAUCACCUGGAACCGUCUCGAGGAAAGAGCUGGAGCGUCACUUUAGCAAAGAGGAUAUAUGGGUAGCCAUUGAUGGGGAGGUCUGGGAUGUGACUGACUUUGUCGGACAACAUCCAGGUGGAUCGCAAGUCUUGAUUGACCAUGCUGGGAAGGACGUUACUACACUAUUCAAGGGUAUCCAUCCCGUCGGAACACUCCAGUCGAAUCUGAGAGAGGACCAAAGGAUGGGAACGCUUGACACCGAGGCGGUCCAGUACUACGCCAACCUUCAAGGCGACGAAGACAGCCGGAUAGAGCAGGCAAGAGCCUCCCUGAUCGGGGUCGAUUCCAUCAUCACACUAGACGACUUCGAAAAACACGCCAGACCCCUCCUCCAGACCUCGGCCUGGAACUACUUCUCUUUCGGUGCCGAUGGAGAACAUACCAUGCGCAACAACUCAGACGCUUAUCAGCGGGUAUGGUUUCGCCCGCGUGUACUGCGCGAUGUCACCGAGUGCGACAUGUCGACCGAGGUACUGGGCGUCAAGUCGGAGAUGCCGGUGUAUAUCAGUCCGACGGCGAGAAAUGGGUUGGGACAGCCUUUGGGCGAGAUAGCAGCUACGCAAGGCGCAGCAGCGAGUGGAGUCUUACAGGUCUUGAGUCAUGUGGCCAGUCGGAGCCUGACGGAAGUGAUGCAGGCGCGAGCAAAUGGUCAGGAAAUAGGAUGGCAGAUCUACAUGGAUCCAGACCGAUCGAAAGCGGAAGCUCAGAUCCGGGAGGCUGUAAAGUUGGGCGUACAUUCGAUAUGGCUCACAGUAGAUCGCCAAGCAGUCUGUACACUAAGGUCGAGAAAGAUCCUGUAUGUUGGUCGCCUGACAGAAGAUCGCGGCCACUCGCUUACCCCACAGGCUGCGCAUGAUUCACCGUUGACGAGGGAGAUGCCAAGAGUCAUCUCACCUCGGCAUGAUACAAAUCUCACCUGGAAAGAUGUUGGGUGGAUCAAGUCGCUCGCGCCUGGGCUACCAGUGGUAGUCAAGGGUAUUGGCGCAUGGGAGGACGUCAUCCUUGCGAAAGAAAACGGCGCGGAUGCUGUGGUACUAACGAACCACGGUGGACGGCAGCUAAACUUCGCCCACGCACCUCUGCAGACGCUACACGAGCUACAUCAGAACGCACCUCAUAUGCUGCACCGGGACGACUUCCAGGUCUUCGUUGACGGCGGUAUAAGGCACGGUACCGACGUCUUGAAAGCGCUGUGUCUCGGCGCGAAUGCGGUCGGUCUCGGCAGGCCGAUCAUCUAUGCCUUGACGGGUUGGGGCAGUGAUGGAGUCGACAGGGCAUUCAUGAUACUGAAACACGAGAUGGAGGUGGGCAUGCGGAGUCUUGGGGUGACGCGUUUGGAUCAGCUCGGACCGGAAUAUCUUGACUGUAAGAAGUUGUAA